AUGUAUGACUUAAUUUGUUUAUAUUUGUGUUUAUAUUUUUAAAAGGGUGUGUUGGAGGUUAGAGUGAUAAAUAUUUAAUAUAGAAUGCACUUGCAUUCAGAAGAUUCACGACGAAAUAUUUUAGUGUCUUACCAAAACAAAGUUGCAGAACUAAGGGAAUUAGGGAGACAGUUGAGUCUUUCAGACAAAGAAAUUGACGAUGUCAUUGAAAACUCCUUUGCGUUUCUGGAAGACGAAAUUCAGAAAGAAAGGUCUCAAAUUAUUAAGAAUUAUGGGGACACAAGAAAACAGUUCACUGUAAUGCGAUCAGCUUUAAAAGUGAUUUUAUAUACGUUUUUACUUGUGUUCAUUAUUCAUAUGGUUUUGACAUAUCACAAGCCAACUUAUAAUAUUGUCGUGAGAAAUGUACAGGAAUUUAUACAUCCUUGUAUGAAACUCCUUCGAUGGAUCGCUCUACCUGUUGUUAAACUUUUUCCUUCCGUUACAGUGCUGUAUGAUGAACUGUGCCUUGUGGAAAAUCCAUUCUUCCAAGCAGUUGACAUCAACUGCUGGCCUUGUGCAGAUGUCCGCAGUGUGCUCGACCUUUCCGAAACAGAUACACCAUGGGAUGUACAGCCUCAUUCGGGUUUUCCUUUUAUUAUGAAGGGUGCUUCAGCUGUGGUAGUCUACAAGCAGCUACAAGAACUGUAUCAGAACUACCAGCCAAUGAUUGACAGGGAUGCAUACCGAAUAACCACAACAGAAGCAAGCUGGGCAACCAUUGGUGAUGUGUUGGAUGUGAAUUCAACUUUGGCUGAACGUUCUCACACAGUGUGGAGACUGAAUCGUUUAGAACCAACUCGGCUUCUAAGACAGCUCUUCAAACGGCCAAAAUUUCUGCCUAAAACUAUAAAUGUUGAGAGGUUUGUUCUGAUUGAUGAGCCGAGGGCAGAGCAUUAUGAAUUGCCAUUCCCCGAGGGAUACAAAGUAUUUCUGAUGCAAGCCAGCGGAGAGAGGUUGGUUGUCCUGGAACCAGUGGAAGGCUGUGCUGCCAACUGCACUCGUGUCUCCGUUCUCAUGAAGCCUUCUUACUUUUUGUACUACAACAGCUGGUUUUACCGGCCACAAAGCUAUCCUGUUGAGAAUACCACCAUCAGCAUUGGGUAUAUGGGUUCAUUUUGAGAAUGAUUUAUUUUUGUAAAACACACCAAUGUGUGUGUAUGUGUACAAAUAUUUAUUAUUGCAAGAUAAGCAAAAAUGUAAGUACAUUUCUUCAAACCAAAGAAAUAUUUAGAUUAACACAUCAAACUGUGUACACCGUACAUAUAUACUGUGCCUAUUUUUGUUUGCAAGACUGUAUAUCUUUUUAUCUGAUGUUUUAUAUGACUUGUUUUUUUUCCAACUCUCUCAGGUUCACUUCAAGACUGUUUUUUCUUGUUUGUUACCAAAAGCAACUUAGUUUGUAAAAAUGUAAUUUUGUAAGAUGCAAGUAACCAGAUAAAUUUUAUUGUACGCACAAGUUUUCGUGUUGAUCUGACAAGUUCUAGUCCUGCAUUGUAUCUUUAAAUUUAUUUAUUUUUAAUGAAAUUGGUGUGUUUGUGUUCUGAUGUUAUUACAUGUAGAUCUAAAAAUGCUUGUGUUGUGUUUACAUGAUUUUGAUUUUGGUUUAUAUUUUCUAUCAAGUACAUAUACAUAUUGUUUGCUUGCCUCGUAAUUUUUCUGGGAAGCUAAAGUAAAAUAGCUUAAUAUACUUUUUUAAAAAAUUUAAAAAAUUGUAGCUUUUAUUUAUAGAUUCACAUUUCAACUCAUUUUCAUCAAGAAGUAGCAUUAUUAAAAUUGUGAUUAAUUGUUGGCAUUAGAUGAAAGUACAAAUAACAAAAAUGAAAAUUAAGUUUUCAGAUACAUACCCUAUCAUUAACAUUUGUGAUAAGUUGUUUGGAAUAUGACUCCAUCCUUUAAGUUGCCUAUUUUUCAGUAUUUUCCUUACUUAUACUUUGCUGAAUUUGCAUCAGUAGUGUUCUCAUGAUAAGUGCUUUUACUGUGUUUGUUUGUGUAUUCUAAUGUUUAUCAAAUCUUUCUACUGGUAGUCAGAGUCUCUGCAUGUUUAUUAAUUAUUGGUGUGUUCAUACGUAUGUGCAACAAGAAAAGUGUUCUUAUUCCGUAGUCAUAUUUUUCAAUUAGAGCGUGCACCCCCCCUUCCCCCAACUUAGAUUACAUAAUUAUUGAUUGGAAAGUAAAUUUUGGAUAUGAAUAAAAGUUUUUUACAGGGUGAAGUGAUGAAUUCAUACCAUAAAACAUUUUCCAAGGAAUGGUAGUUUCAUUUGAAAUAUUUGUAUGGUUCUUGCAUAGAUACCAUUUUUAAAACUGAUUUUUAAGGGUGUAUACCAUCCUUGGGAUUUACGAUAAGUGGUAAGUGGCUUAUGUAAUUUACUGUCACUCAAUUUAUAUGAGGAAUCAUGUCUUGAAAUAUUUCAGGUGAGUUUGGAAACCUGUUAUAAGAGGCUUGAAAUUCAUUGGUAAUUAGCACAAAGAAAUUAAGAUUCAUUGAUAAUUUUUAAAAAAAAUGAAGAAAUUUACUAUUUAUUUGUAUUUUUGCAGCUUAGUUACUUUUAUGAAAAUAUAACUUUCUCUUUAUGAAUUAUAUUUAUGCACAAACAAAAUAUAAUGCUAAUUGAAAAUAAUAGCUGACCAGAUUAGAUUAAAGAACAUUUCUGUGUAGGUAUAUUUACUUGCAUUACUAAGAUCAAAAUUUAUUUUCAAUCAAUUGUUAUCUCAUUCAAAAUUGAUAACAAUUAUUACUAUCAAAUCUAAGUACAUAAGUUUAAUUUAAUUAUUUUUACAUGAAUUAGGGUGCCAUUUCUUGUGUUAGCAUGUUCAGAGGAUCAAGUAAAGAAUAACAAUUAUACAAGGAUUAAUCUCAAACACAUAUCUACACUUGAGGUAAUGACCAUAAAUGUAAUUUUUUUUAUAUGAUCUAAAUAAUGAAUUAUUUCUCUUGUAAAUGUUAUUACAGAAUAUUUAUUUUAGUUAUGUUAUGCCAAUAAUUAGGUAAAAAUGUGGUUUUGUUACUAUGGUAUAUAAUUAUUUCUUUGGUAUUUAGUUAUACAUUUGUAAACAUGUAAUGAUUUUUAUCAUUAUUGCAAUGAAACAAUCAAUUUCAUUAAUAUGGUGGCCAUUAUUUAUUAAAUGUAUGUUGUUUUCAGGGUGUUCUUAAUUAAAACUAAUGUUAGUGUCAAAUUUUAUUUUUUUGUAUUUUUGUAUACUUAGAUGUACUGUGUAAUAAAUAUUUAAAAUUAAA